AUGGGUCUAGAGAAGAUGGCGAAGAUUCUGUAUCUGGCCCUUCUCGUGGUCCUCAUGAGUAUUGCCGAUGCAAUACCAACAGCUAAUUAUCCAGUCAAUGCACAACUGCCCCCGGUUGCUCGUGUGAACCGCCCAUUCAGCUUUACCUUCUCAAGCAGCACAUUCGUCGGCGGCGGUGCUGGCUUGACUUAUUCAUUAUUAAAUGCGCCGGGAUGGUUACACGUCGAUACGGGCAAUCUCACAUUGUACGGAACGCCAGGGCCUGGGGAUGCUGAAGCAGCACAGUUUCUUCUGGUGGCUACUGAUCAAUCGGGCCCGGGGUCGAUGAGUGUGACUCUCGUGGUCUCGAGUGAACCAGGUCCGCGGCCUGAACAGCCUCUCCUGGCACAAUUACAAAAGAUCGGUCCAACGUCAAGCCCGGCAACUAUUUUCAUGUAUCCGGGACGCCCUUUCACCAUAGCAUUCGAUCCCGAGACGACAUUUGCCAACACUCAGCUUAAUACUGUUUAUUAUGCAACAUCCUCGCCGUAUAAUUCGCCACUCCCAUCGUGGAUGACUUUUGAUUCUUCAAGACUUCAAUUUUCUGGCAAUUCCCCAUCAAAUCCUUCGUCAAUCCCGCAGUCAUUCAAUUUCAAUAUGAUAGCUUCAGAUGCUCCUGGGUUUAGCGCAGCUACAGUGUCAUUCCAAAUUGUCGUCAGUCAGCAUAUAUUAUCUUUUAAUUCGACUACCAGGACGCUUAAUUUCACCCGUGGGCAGCCUUUCAGCACGCCUCAUUUUAUCGACGAUUUGUCACUGGAUGGUCACGGCGUUGUUAACCAAAAUAUAUCGCACAUCGAAAUCGAAGGGGCAUCUUGGCUUACCCUUGACAACGAAACCAUAUCACUAAGUGGGACAGCCCCUGGAAAUGCCGGAAACGAAACUAUUGUAGUGACGGUGACAGACUCGUACCAAGAUAAGGCGAGGCUGGACGUUCAAUUGAUGGUGUCACAAUUAUUCGCGAAGGGAGUUGAAAGUUGCAAUGCCACCAUUGGCGAGAAAUUUUCUUACACAUUCGACAAGUCCUUGCUCAGUGAUGAUACUGUUCAUCUGCAGGUUGAUUUAGCUGAAGUCUCUUCCUGGGCAAACUAUGAUGCUGCAAGCAUGUCUUUAUCUGGGCAUGUCCCGGAUGAUAUGAAGCCACAAACAUUUUCUAUCAAGUUAACUGCGACACAAGGAUCAACUGUAGAGACAAGGAAUUUGAACCUGACCAUCUUCAAACCAGGAAAAGCAGGGGUUGUCAACGAUCAAAGUUCCUCCGGUGGAAAUCAAGAUGCGAACAAGCGAAAGGUUAAAAUAAUAGCUAUUGCUGUGGCUAUUCCAGUUGGCGUUAUCCUUAUAGUAGCUAUACUUCUUGUCUUGUUUUGUCGCCACCGACGUUCCAAGGCGAAGGGCAAGAACCAAAAUGAUGAGAAUCUACGGGCUGCGGAUGCUAUCAUUGAUUCUUCCAAGUCAGAAAAGAAUUAUCACCAAACCAGUACGUCGGAGCUACCGCGAAGCUCUUCGGAUUCAUCCAAUCAUUCAGCGCCUAUGCAGCUCGAGCUUGACCUUCACCUGAGCAAUGCAUCCUUCAGAGAAGAAGAGGACGAAUCCUAUCGGUCUCCAACUCGUGCUAUACAGCCUCAAAAGACGGGUCUAGAAUGGAAUCUGGCUGACGAAGCUGUGGCCAGCGCUAGCCAGCAGCCAAAUAUAUCUCCGAAGAGGAAUGCAAGUGUGUCUCAAAGCUCCCCGCUGUCGCAUCGAAGCACGAAGAGAUAUUCGAAAAGAGAGCCGCUUAAACCUAUUCAAAAUCGAUCCUUCAAAAGAGACUCCGCCAUGUCCACAAAGUCUAAACGGUAUUCUAGGCGCUCCAGUGGACUGACAACAGUAGCAUCUGGACUUCCAGUUCGACUCAGUGGAGCAGGCCAUGGUGCUGGAGGCUUUGGCCUUUCACGACCGGAAAUGGUGAGGGCAUCUUGGCAGACCACACAAAUGUCAUUGCAAAGUGAUGACACCAGCAUUGAGAAUCUGUCUACUAUGUUUCCUCGGCCUCCCCUGGUUCGGAAACGAAAUAGCAGCAAUCUAAGUCGAAGCUAUGACUACACGAAGCGAGCUAGUUUCAAAGGCAGUGGCACAACGCCACCUACGCCUCCAGAACCGGACUCGAUUGAAGCCUUUAUCCAGAGUCGUGCGCGGAGUCGUAACUCAGGUAAUCCACUAUUCUCAUCUCGGAUGGAUAGUCGAGCGUCUUCGGGAUAUCGUGCGUUGGAGAAAUCUCGCCGAAGUUCCAGCAUUGCCGGAACAAGCAUCUCCACGUCAAGCUAUAUCGAUGAUCGAAGACAGUCUCAAAUACGGCCUGUCUCUACAGCAAUGUCAGCAUCUAUCUAUGGUGAUGACUAUCGAAAUUCUAUAGCUCGGCCGAUGUCGCAGAUAUCCGAAGGUGAUGCUUGGAACAGCUUUGGUGUGGCUAGGACGAGAACCAAUCCAGGUUCAGUUCAGCGCUACACUGAUGCCAUUGCCCACCUGCCACGAUGCUUCAGCCAGGCAAGUAUGGGUAGUACGCGGAAGUUCGAAUCAGGAGAUUCCAUGACCGGAUCCGACGACUAUUAUGACCUGAUCGACGAGCGUGACGGCCCCGAGGGACGUCGGCAGUGGUACCGCGUCAAUUCCCACGCACAGUCCCUGUCGAACGUGGAGGAAGCCAUCCCCGAGCCAGUGACUGACAGUGAAGAUUUGGCACCUGUCCCGGAAACAAACGCCAGUCGAGUACGUCGCAUGAGCCUGCUUCGGACAGGGGGUCAGGACAGUAGCCCAAUUGGCAAUCGACACUGGCGCUUAAUGGACACGCAACAACGGCGGCCGAGCAUUGAAGCAAGCGACGGCCUGGAUCCUACUACGAAUAGUAGUUUCCGGGGAGAUCUAGCAUUUGUCUAG